UGGAUGUGAGAGGAAACGGGGGAAAGAAAUAAAUGAGCUUCGAGAUCUUGUGGUUUAAUAAAAUAAAUCAAUCAAUCGCCUUUUCUCUUCGAUGAUUGACUCCAAUUUGAUUUUGUUGAACUGAACUUAUUUGUAGAACGUCCUGAUAAACGUUGUCACGUGCUAUUAAUGUACGUAACAUGAUAGAUUACGCAAAAGCACGACAGUGUCACGAUCGGGUCUGACUUAUAAUAGAUUCGAGUCAGUCUUAUGAUUUUGCGAUGUUUCAACUAACGUAAGUCGUGUCAGUGAAAGUAUAUAUGAAAUAAAACAAGAAUGAGAAAAUAAAAAAACAACAACAACAACAAUAACAACAACGACAACAACGAAGAUAUUCGUUAACGCAACUCACAACUACAUAUUAAUCAAUUUCUAUAUAUAUAUUAUAUGCAAAUAAAUAUUAUGUGACGUAUCUUAUAUUCUUUGAAUAUAUAUUUCCGUAAUUAUACGUCAAAUUAUUUUUCUUCUCUCUCGUUACGUAUUAAUUUUACAAGAGAAAACGAAAAACCAAAAAAAAAGAAAAAAAAAAGUAAACUAACAAUCAUCUCGAUCGGUUUUGUGAAAAUAAAAAAAUAAUGUCGUUAAAAAAUGAGGAAGUGGAUAUUAAAAAUACCUUGUUACAUUCUCCUUCUAAAAUUACAUUUCAAAUAGAAAUUCAGCAGAUCGAUGAAAUGAUAGUGCAGAAUGCUCUCGACGAGACAGGAUUUGGAAAAUUCAAUUUCAAGGUCUUAGCGGUAACAGCUCUUAUCUGUAUGAAUUCUGCAUUUGGUAUGCUCAGCAAUGGAUUUAUUUUACCAGCAGCAGCAUGCGAUUUUAAAAUGACGACUGAAGACAAAGGUCACUUGACCGUAUCUACCAUGCUAGGUAUGUUAUCUGGUUCAUAUUUUUGGGGCUGUUUCGCUGAUAUGAAAGGAAGAAGAACAUCUCUAUUGGGAUCCCUAUUUCUGCACAGUGGUUCAGAAUUUUUAGCAUCUCUGGUACCAUUUUAUUGGGGCUUCGUGUUAUUUAAAUUUACCAGCGGUUUGGCUAUAUGUGGACAAUUAACGGUGCUCUAUACAUAUCUCGCUGAAUUUCAACCGAUUGUUAAACGAAAUAUGUUUCUUUCCUGGAUGGAAACGUCAUGGGUAAUGGGAAUGGUAAUUGUAGCGUGUGUAGCAUGGGUCACGAUACCAUCUAAUAUUGGUAUUAAAAUUGACGUGUUUACAUUUAAUUCGUGGAACUUGUUCAUCAUGAUUUGUUCUUUGCCAUCAUUUUUCAUCGGCAUAUGGUUAAUAUUUUUACCGGAAACACCGAAAUAUCUUGCCGAAAUCGGACAAACUGUUAACAUGUUAAAUGUUUUGGCCAAAAUGUAUUCGGAAAAUACUGGUAAAUCAUCGGAUGAAUAUUUGACGAAUUUAAAGAACAGUAACAACCAGGUGUUAUCAGAAUUAGUAUUACGUUUAGGGGAAAGGAUAAACGAGAAGGAAGAUAAAAUUCCAUCUAAAACAUUGCGGACAAUACUAAAGAAUACAUUUAUGCAAACAUUGAUGCUAGUAAGAAAGCCAUACUUGCAUAGAACGUUUAUAGUGUGUUCUGUAACAUAUUUAAUAAUGAGUUCGUAUUACAUGUUACUUUUGUGGUUGCCCGAUCUUUUUCAAAGAUACGCAGAAUUUCAGAAAAAUUAUCCUAAUCAAUCAGCCACGGUGUGCACCGUUGUUGCAUUUGAAAAAAAUAAUCAAACGGCAAUAUAUAUGGAUCCGAAUGGUUGUGAUGUACCAAUACAAAACAGUGUAUUCUUAUAUGCAUUUAUUUUAGCAAUAGCUGCUGUUCCUGUUGGUCUUACAUUACCAUUAUUAAUAAAUCGUUUAGGAUAUAAAUUCUUUUUAAUUACCAGUACAAUAAUAGCAAGUCUUUCAUCGUUCUGCAUUUUCCUAGUUAAAACAUCUAUAGAAAAUUUGAUUAUAUCCUGUAUAUUCGAAUCUUUUACAUCGAUUUGCGUUAGCGUUGUAUCCUGUAUGUUGAUCGACUUCUAUCCAACUCACUUAAGAUCAAUCGCAGCCGGUCUUGCUUCAUUUUUUAGUCGAUUAGGUGCAAUGAUCGGAACCUUGAUGACUGGUUUGUUGAUAGAUAAACAUUGUACGAUUCUUAUCGUAUUAGUAGGAAUUCAACUUCUCAAUAAUAAGAAUGUUUGCUUGAUUUAAUAAGGUCAAAAACGUAGUAGUACAUCAACGUUACAACUAAGGUAUGUAAGUAAACAUGUAUUAUUACUCGUUCAUAUACUACGUCUUAUAAAAAUCAACGUAAUCAUAUUUAGUUUACUUCUCGACGACGUAUAAAUUUUCAAAAGUAUAACGCGACACAUAUAUUAUCUCGCUAACAGUAAUAUAUUUUUGUCGUCGUACCUUAUUGUAGUCUUUUAAAAAAAAAAAAAAAGGUAGGCUCGUUUAAAAACCAAUCUUCCGAUAAGAAUAACACAUCAUCGCGUUUUAUUACAUAUAUUAUGGGAACAUUUAUUAUUUAUCGUUAUACGCAAUUAUUGUUAAUUAAAAU